AUGACGCACCAGAGUGGCUAUCAGCAAAAGCCUGUCUCGGGAAUACCCCAUCUUCUUCUGUCUGCUGGAGUAGAGCUAGAAAUUCGCGACAGUUAUCACAGAGAAACAAGAAAUAUAAUAAAGGAACAAAAUCGAGAAUUAAGAGGUACACAGAGGACUAUAACCAGAGAUAGAGCAGCACUUGAAAAACAGGAAAAACAACUGGAACUGGAAAUAAAGAAAAUGGCUAAGACUGGUAACAAAGAAGCCUGUAAAGUGCUAGCAAAACAGCUUGUACAGCUGCGGAAGCAGAAAAAUCGAACAUAUGCCGUUAGCUCAAAAGUCACUUCUAUGUCAAUUCAAACAAAGGUCAUGAACUCUCAGAUGAAGAUGGCAGGAGCUAUGUCAACUACAGCAAAA